CCGCGUUGUCCACAAUAGUGGGAUUACCGUGGAAGCACUGCCAGAACCGACAGUAUUUGGAGGGUAGAUACCGCUUGACUUCGAGUUGAGCAGUCGGGUGUUUAAGUGCUCGUGAAGUGUUGACAUAGCUGUUAUGGUAACUAGUUUGUACAAGAAAGCGGUAUAAGGGAAAUAACUCUAGUGUAACGAUGACGUCCGAGUCCUCAGUCAAUCCCCCCAGCAGUAAGCUCCCCUGGGGCACAAUCCUCAAGCCGAAGUACGGCCUCGGCCACCAGAAGCUGAGCGAGGAAGAGAUCGAGGCUGUGGUGGCGAGGUUGAACCAAGUCUCGGAGUCAAAGGAACCGACUUUCAACAGACCGAACAAAAAUAUGAGUCAAGAUGAAAUAAAUGAAAUGCUUGAAAGAUUAACCAAAGCUCAGGAUAUUCCCGACAGUGACCGGCGUGUUGUCAAGUCUAUCUACAAAGACAUGGGUGUGGUCGCAUCGUACGCAUGGAAGGGGUUCAACUAGAGGAGACAUGGAUUGGAUGAUAUACAUUCUGGGGAACACACGCCACUUGUGAAUGAUGUACAACGCACGUAUGCGUGAAUGGUGUCCGUCAUUUCUGAGAUGUCUUGUCAUGUAUUAUAAAUGAACAUUAAUUUAUUUUCAUGUGUGAGUCACUUCACCACCAUAAAUAAACUACCUACACAAUCA